GAAAGCUACUUGUCUUUUUUUAAAGACUAAAUUUGCUGUACAUCAGACAGUUGGCCAAGGAUGCCAACAUGCAGCCAGACUGCAGAGAGUUAAUCAAAUUAUGCAUGUGAUAUGCAGGACAAAAUCAUCUAAUCAAAAUCUUCGUAAUAUAAUCAGACAGAAUCAAGAAAAUCGAAUGCUCUUUGGGCCAAAAUUGAAAGUUAAGACAUCAACAAAAAAGGAAAGCAAAACUAGGUGGAAAAAAAAGAUUUCUUCCAAAGCUGAAGGAGUGCUGUCAUCCGAGUCAACCGGUGGUGGAGAUGAUGUGUUUGUUCAAAUUGAAAAUGAGAUUAUUUCUGAUGGAUCUGAUUGGGACCCCUAUAUUCCCGAUGAAAGCAUUAUUAAGGACAGCAUUAUUAAUUCCGAAAACCUUGAUAUUGCUAAUCCUCGACAUGGUGCUGAUACUUCAGAAAGAACAGUUAUUGCUAAUAAGAAUAUCUUGAAAUCGAGCAAGUCAAAGAAGUCUAAAAAUAAAUUUAUUCCCACUAAUUCGGAGGAAAAUCUGCCAGACGUGCCUGUGAUAGAUGGAAUAUUAAAUGUGUCAGUAUAUCCAGACAGGACAUCAGAUGAGGAUCAGCUGCAGACUUUCAGAUCCCACGUAGAGAGGUUUUCUUUACGCAGUCUUCCCAGCGUUAGUGCAAUUCUUAACAAAACUCAGUCUGAGUUGUCGCGGUUCUUCCUGGAACGGUGGAAACAGCAGAUGGUGAAAAAGCUUGGUGAAGACGGAUUCAAGAAAUACCAAGAAGAGAUGUUAUACAAUGGGAUAAAUCUGCAUGCUAACAUUCAGCAGUUUCUAUCCGGAUACCGUGACAUUCAGAUUCAGCCAAAUGUUGAGGGUUACUGGCACAGCCUGGAGGGGGUGCUUUCCAAAGUUGGGGAGGUAUCGGCAUGUGAAGACUCUGUCAGCCAUGAGGGACUCAUGUACAAGGGCAAGUUUGAUUGUGUUGCGAUCUACAGAGACUGUCUGUGUGUAAUAGACUGGAAGACAUCACAGAAGCCCAAACCUCUCUUGUCCAACACGUUUGACAGUCCAAUCCAGGUUGCAGCCUACCUCGGUGCCAUUAACAGCAGUGCACAGCUAGAGUUUGGCCCAGUAACAAAUGCUGCCAUUGUGAUAGCCUACCCAUGGGGUGAACCUGCCCAUGUCCACUUGAUGGAACAGAAAGUUUGUGAGCAGUACUGGUCAAAGUGGUUGCAGAGACUUCACCUGUACUGGAAGAUGAUGUCCAAGGAGAGGCAGAUUGUAUGAAGUUGGCCUAAACAUGUGUUAAGCACUGGAAAAUAGAUUUACGGACAGGCAAUUGAAGUCAUUCUACCUUUUUCAGCACUGGAACGUGGGUGUCUAUAGAUACGCAAUUGCAUGAAGUUGAAGCUAUUUAACUAUGGAAGAUGGUGGUCAGAGAUAAAAACACUAAAUUUACCCAGAAUUUGAGAUUUUGGUGCCAACUGGAACUGUUUCUGUCCUUGAUAGACGAAAACAAAUCACAUCAGUUCCUUACUUUUCAUAUUUUGUGUUCAAUGUCAUUGCCACGUUUAAAAAUGUAGACAUGACGUAGCUGAGGAUUUCCAUGGAGAGGAAGUUGCAAAGUCUUUAUGCUUUACAAUUCAGUUUUAUCUGGUCAGCCACAAAACAUAACUUGUGUGUCUGAGUUCUAACUGAGAAGUAAUGAAAACUAGCUGAAACAGGAAAAUGCAGGAAAUCUUCCUUUUACCUUGAAGAGAGAUGGGCAUGUAUUCAUUCUAUCUUUCUUUCUUUCUGUAUCAGAUGGGAUAACUGUUAAGACAUAUACAGUGGGUGUUGUUAACUAUUAUAGUCUGUUUGUGUCAAAAGGGAACCAAUAAACUGACGUAUUACUAUAUACCAAAUACUGCCAACACUCUGUGAAAACCCCUCAAAACUGGACCCUCUGUAAACUGAAAUUCCUUAAAAAUUGGAAAUUUUUCACAGUCUCGUUUAAAUAUUGGUAUAGAUCAUAACCUCUGUAAACUGGAUACCUCUUAAAACCAGCCUUUUUGCCUGGUCUCAUGGGUAUCAGGUUUAGAGGGAUUUCACUGUAAUAAGUUUCAAAACCCUUAACAACUUUCAUAACAUUUUUUAUUAAAUAAAAUAUCUGUAAUAAAAAACGUUUUUUUUUAACAAAUUAACAUCAUCAUGUAUAGAUUAAGUAUCAGUUCUAAUACAAAGGUGAAGACAAAAUGCUGGAACAGCCAAGGUAUGCACUUUCACCUGAAUUGCUUAGUACUAGUAAUUGCUAAAGCUUUACCUUGGCUGUCCCAUCAGUUGCUGUCAGCCCUGUAUCAUAAAAGGAGAUUUAACGAAUGUAUCUUGAUGGUAAUUUAUAAAGAAACCUUUUUAUUUACGUUGGUAUGGGUUUCAAACUUAAUAAUGUGUUUUUAUAGGAAUUUUAGCAUAUUUCUUUAUAGAGUUAGAUGCCAGUUCAUAGGUUCCAUUUUACCGCAGCUGGACUAUACAAUCAAUACUGGUGAUCACUUCUAUAACAUCAGUCUCUCCAGGCUUUGUACAUUAAUGCUUAUGAAGUGACAAUGUGUGGAAUUAAUACUACUUCGAGAUGAGUAGUAUGUUUACAGCCUUUUAAAUGUUACCACAAUCUUCUGUGUCCACACUCUCUACAGGGAAGAAUUGCAAGGCCUUCAUUCCAAUCACUGGAUUUGAAAUAACUGUGCGGAAAAUACCACUUUUGGCUCAAGGAUGCUAGAUCUCUGAACGUAACCAUCAGUAUCAUGCAUGAAGACUGCUGAUUUUAUUGUCCAGCAAUGAAUAUGGUUUUAUUAAUAAAUAUACAAAGAGAAGUAAAGAUGCACAAUGCA